AUGUUUCUUUCAGAUGUGAAGAGUGAUUCAUGUUUGGAUAUAGAAAUAACGUCCUCAACAUCAAAAGGGCGACUGACAGCACAAACUCUUUCCUGCAUCACCUGUGGAAAGACAUUCAGCUCACAGAGACAUUUAGAGAGACAUGAGAGAAAACACACAGAACAGAAACUCUUCACCAGAUCUGAGACCAGCUUUACUACCUUACAAGAGAAGAAACUUCAUUCAGAAGACCACAGAGAGAAGAAGAAGAAGCAGCAGCAGUUUCACUGUGAGCAGUGUGGGAGGAUUUUUGUCUGUUCCUAUAAACUAAAUAUUCACAUGAGGACACACAGUGAUGAAAAGCCUUUCUACUGCACUGAAUGUGGAAAAUACUUCACAACCAAACAAUGUCUUAAAGUUCAUCAGAGAGUUCAUACUGGAGAAAAACCUUACAAGUGUCCUCACUGUGAGAAGAGAUUUAGCCGUAAACAUAGUCUGAAGACACAUGUGCUUUUACACACCAAUGAGAGACCGUAUCAGUGCAGUGAAUGUGGAAAAACCUUUACGGAUUCACGUUCAUUAAAAAAGCACCAGAAUAAUCACAUUAAAGAGAAACUCUAUCAGUGUUCACACUGUGAUGAAUGUUACGGUUAUAAAUGUCAUCUGAUAAUCCAUGAGAGACGUCAUACUGGAGAGAAACCUUACGUCUGCGCUCAUUGUGGAAAUAGCUUCACUAAUUCACCUCAAUUAAUAGUUCAUCAGAGAGUUCAUACUGGAGAGAAACCUUAUCACUGUAGUGUCUGUGGGAAGAGUUUUAGUGUAAAGCAUGCAUUACUAAAGCACAAGAGAAUUCAUACAGGUGAAAAACCUUUCAAAUGUUCUCAGUGUGACAAGACGUUUACUUGUUCAAGUAACUUAAAAAAACAUGAAAGAGUUCAUACUGGAGAGAAACCUUAUCACUGUAGUGUCUGUGGAAAGAGUUUUAAUCAAGGGUCUACAUUAAUAAAUCACAAGAGACUUCAUACAGGUGAAAAACCUUACAAAUGCUCUCAGUGUGAUAAGACUUUUUCUCAGUCCGGUCAUUUAAAAUCUCAUCAGAGCGUUCAUACUGGAGAAAAACCUAAUGUUUGUGGGAAAAUUUUUAGUCAACAGUGUAACUAA